CGAAUCCAAAGAGUAAACGUGUCGCCGACAUAUUGUUGCAGAUAUUCAUUAAUCAAUUUCUUACUUUAUUUAACCGCUUUCUUGUCUAUCUGACCAUCUUUCUUGAAAAUUAGUAAUUCCAUACGAAUUAAAACACUACCUGAACCACGCAGAAAUGAAAAGCAUUUUUGGAAAGCAUUUAUUUAUAGCAAAUACAAAAUAUAUCCAGUAACUGUAUUUAAUCCCAUCUUCUCUUUGUAUAGUAGUAGUAGUUGGAAAACAGAACCCUAAGGGAUUCUCUGUGAGAACAAUUCGCCGCCAGAUUGAUACUUUCUUGUAUAACUUGUAAACCUCUCUCAUGACUCUUUCUUGCAAACUCUUGUCCAACUCUCACUAGCUUACUUUCAUACUCACUUUUGCUCUUUUUCUUGAAAUUUAUGGUGUAAAAAAGGGCCCUUUUAAAUUUUGUUGAUUAUCUUUGGGAGACAGAUGCUUAAUAGUAAUGAAAAUCCCUUUGGAGAUGACUUGGAGAAGGAGAUAGGGUUUUUGCUCCGUGAACAGCGGCGCCAAGAGGCUAUUGAUCGUGAAAAGGAGCUAAAUUUGUACAGGAGUGGGUCAGCUCCGCCUACUGUUGAGGGUUCGCUGAGUGCUGUUGGUGGGCUGUUUAACCAUGGUGUUGACGGCAGCAGUGGCAAUAACUCUGCCUUUGCUGAGUAUGCAAAAAUCAAGAGCAGUAAUGGUUUCAUGUCAGAGGAGGAGCUUAGGUCUGAUCCUGCAUAUUUAUCUUACUAUUACUCAAAUGUCAAUCUGAACCCAAGGCUGCCGCCUCCUCUGUUGUCAAAGGGGGAUUGGCGGUUUGCGCAGAGGUUACAAGGAGGGAAUUCGACGAUUGGGGAUAGGAGGAAGGUGAAUAGAAUUGAUUCUGAUGGUGCUGGGGGAUCCCUGUUUUCGAUGCCACCUGGAUUCAAUUCUGAGAACCAAGAGAGUGAGAAUGAGACGGAUAAUGUGCUGGGUUCUGAAGAAUGGGAUGUUGAUGGAUUGAUUGGUUUGCCUGGAUUAGGGCUGGGUAGCAAAAAGAAGAGUUUUGCUGAAAUAUUUCAGGUGAAUAACUUGCAUAAAUUUGCUUUCUUUUUAUGGAUUUUCUGUAAUCCUUUACUUGGAGAUGUCCUCCUCUUUUGCGAUUGCAAAAUGCUACUGAUACUGUGCUUAAUGUUGUGCUUGCCAUUUGACAUUAGUCUUUUUUUUGUUUACUGUCGUUUAUUGACUUAUAUAUCCAAGUUUUCAUACUUAUUAAAACAUUAUUCUUCUUAUGCAUGUAUUGAAGAGCUAUACAUGAUUGUUAUGUUCUUUACAUGUGCUACAAUUGUCACAUAUCUAUCUGAAUAUAUAUAGGCACGAGCUUAACUU